GACAUGGAGGGCUAUGUCCUGAGCAAGGUCGGACGCAUGUGGCCGCGCGUUCGCGUGCACUGGGACGACCGGUACUCGGACCGCGCGCUCGAGCUCUCCGUCUUCAACGGCCUCGGACAGCACAUGGUAACAAAGCUACCCGCCGCGCACAACGAUGGGUCGUACUACACGGUCACGACCAGUUUUCUUGAGACGCUCGACGUCCGGCCCGGGUACGCGGUCACCGGCGCCGACGCCUAUUUUGACAAAAAGGAAAACGUCAUCAAGAUCGUCCGUCUUGGCAAGAUGUUUCGACCGGCCGAUGUCACGGCUGUCGAUCACCUUAUUGGUCUCCACGUGACGGUCGGCAACUACAUGACGACGGCGUCCCGUGAGCAACUACCUCCGACGCACCCCCUCCGCCGCCUGAUCAAGCCCUUUACGUUCCGUGCCGUUGCCAUCAACUACGAAGCGUCCAGGCUCCUCUUUGCACCGAAGGGCAUUUUGCACCGCGCGCACUCGUACUCGGAAAAGGGCUUGAAGGAUACGUGGGCGAUGGCGCUGCAAAGUCUCAAGCUCGAGCCCUUCCCAGUCCGCGUGGCGCGUCAGAACAUUGACACGCUCAAGCUUCCGUUCCACGAAGACGGCAUGGACUUUUGGAAGAUCGUGUGCGUCUUUACAGGCGAGUACCUC